AUGAAAUCUAACGCUCUCUCUGAAACGAACAGGAUCGACCAGCAGUGGCAGUAUCGCAUCUACUGCAAGAGCCUGAGGCCCAAUGAACAGAACCUGCUGCACCAGUACCUGCAGAGAUCCACACGGACCGAGGUACAGGAGUACACAGGAGAGUACACAGGAGAGUACACAGGAGAGUACACAGGAGAGUACACAGGAGAGUACACAGGGUCAGACCAGCAGCAGGAUCCAGAUGAGAGUAAACUGAAGUUGCAGCUGGAUGGAGACAGUUGGACGGUAAGUUCACCUUCUAAGCUGAGCAGCCUGAAGCGUCUGGUUCAUCUGGACAUUGCGGAGAACAGGUUUGUGUCGAUCCCCGUCUGCGCUCUGAGGAUGAGCGUCCUGCAGCUGUUGGACCUGAGCCACAACCGUCUGAGCGACCUGCCGCAGGACAUGGACAGGUUGGAGCAGCUGGUCUCUCUGUUCGUCCAUAAGAACAACCUGUCCUACCUCCCCCACUGUCUCACCCACAUCUCCACGCUCAGGAUGAUCGUCGUCAGCGGCGACGAGCUCACCUGCAUCCCGACCAAACUGUGCCACAACCCCAACAUCAAAUUCAUUCGACUGUGCGACAACGUGACGAGCGCAGAGAAGAAGAAGAAAGAGGAGAAGAAAGUAAAGAGGAGGAGGUGGAGAGAGCUGGGGAAGGAGGAGGUGAAGGACGGCAGAGAGAAGGAGUUCAUCGAGGCGUACAUCAGCACGCUGACGGACAGAGACACCGUCCCAUACUCCACCACCAAGGUGUCCAUCUCCUGCCUGCUGUGAGGAAGAGGAGGAGGAGGAAGGUUUCACACCAUGUGACAGUUUGAUACUUUUAUAAAUUAAAAAUUAAAAGACUGUAAGUCACAGUAAGUUUCUGAAUUUAGUCAUAAGUUCAAAAUGACAGAAAAAGGACAGUGUAAUUUAAGUCUAAAUAAAAUGAAGAAUGAAAUCUGUCAAAGUUUUGAGAGAAAUCAGGUUUUUACAUUUAAAGUUUUGAAUAUUUCAUUUGGUUUUUUUCAUUUUUUGUCAGGAAUGAGUUUCUUUAAUCUUUUAAAGUGUAAUUUAAGUUUUGUUUUUCUAAAGAAUUCCUGAGUGAGUGAAUCUUUUGUUUUCAGAUUCACUUCACAAAAAUAACUUCAUUCCAAAAACCAGAUUUUCAACAUUGAACCAGUUCAACUCUGAAGUUCGUCUUUCCCCCACCGUUACACAAACAUGAUUAAAUCUUAUAUUUCACCUCUGAUUUUCUGGGAUUUGAGAGAAACUUGUCACAGUCGGGUUUUGGUUGAAAAAACUAGAUUCAUCAGUUCAAAUAGUAAAAGAGAAAAAAGCUCAGAUAGAUUUAAUAUUUGCAUUUAAACAGGAUUCAUUCCUGUUUAAAUGCAAAUGUGUAGUUUUAAACAGUGUGUUCUUCUGGUGAUUUCAUUUAUUUCAGGUCAAAUAUAUUUUUGUUAGACAGCGAAGUUGAGCUGCAACAUAAUUUAGUAAUAAUCAGAUUUACCAAAAUCUCAUUAUGAUUGUGAUACAUUUGUGUAGAGUAAAAAAACCAGCGAUGUUAUUUCUGUAAUUAUCUUAAAAAAUAAGAGUUUAUCUAUAUAUUUUUAUUCAUGUGGUGCUCUGAUACUGAAAUGUGUGUUUGUGGGCGUGUUGUUUUAAAA